AUGGAUCUUGUGCAAAAGGUAUUGAUCACACUUUUGGUGGUCCUUAUCGCCACCUUGAUACUCUUCUACGUCCAAACAAAUGGUAUUGCCAUCAAAUCGUCUGGUGACUCUUCUCACAGACAGCCUUCAUUUCUCAUCUUGGGUACGAAUGGAGCAGGAAAAACUGCAUUUUACAAUCGAUUGAUGAGUCAAGAUAACCAGCCCAAAUUCGAGCAGACUGUGUCUUCGAUAGAACCUACUUUCGGCCAUAUAAAUUUACCAUUAGCCAAACAUUCCAUAGCCAAGACUUAUCAGAUCAUCGACUACCCAGGUCAUCUCAAGUACACCCAACUUCUCAACAAGUUAAUUCUCGAGGACAUAACGCUCCAGAAAAUCAAGGGCAUUGUCUACGUGAUUGACUCGUCGGCAGCAGCCACCAAUGGUCCUCGGUUAUUGGAAGUAGCUCAUGGUCUUUUCCUGCUUUUAUCGCAGACUGAAAAAUUGAAUAACGGCAUAGAUAUUCUCUUUGCCGUCAACAAACAAGACUUAUUCGACUCACGACCCGUUUUCAAGGUGAAAGAGUUGUUGCAGCAAGAAGUCGACAAGCUUGUGAAAAACGAGCUUAUGCAAAAAAGCCUGGCAGGUCAUGAAGCAUCUGGUAUUGACGAAGAGGAUGACGAUACCAACCGUGAAUCGCUCAAGGAGUUCUGGAGCUCAGUUGUGGGCCGUAAUGGACGUUUCCUGUUCGAUAUGCUCGAGGGAAAUAUGGACUUUAUUGGUGGGUCAGUGUUGAAGAACAAAACCGAAGACUGGGAAAAUUGGUUCGAUGAAAAAGUCAUGAACCAGCUGUAA